UUCCUUUGACUGUGAGCUCUCAACUCUGUUGUGUGAGACGCACAUGCGGGCUGCCCGAGAUGGUGGAGACGGUGGUGAGCAUGGCCAGGUCCAUGGUGAGGGGCGCCAUCAGCGUGGCCGCCUCUGCUGCUGCCGCCGAGGUGGGCCUCCUCGUCGGCGUUCAAAAGGAUAUCUGGUUCAUUAAAGAUGAGCUCGAGACGAUCCAAGCAUUCCUGGAGAUUGCUGAAACAAUAAAGAAGAAAGAUGUGCUUCUGAAGGUGUGGGCAAAACAAGUAAGGGAUCUUUCCUACAACAUUGAAGAUUGCCUCAGCGAGUUCAUGGUUCAUGUGGAGAGCCAAUUUUUCUUGCGCCGGCUCAUGAAGCUUAAAGAUCGACACCGGAUCGCCAUGCGGAUCCGGGAUCUCAAAACAAGAGUUGAAGAAGUAAGCAUCAGAAACACACGCUACAACUUGAUCAAGACGGAGGCCUCCAACACCAUUGAUUCGGCGGAUUCUUACACGGAGGAUAUUCGCAAUCUCUCAGCUAGCAAUAUCGAUGAAGCAGAUCUUGUUGGGUUUUCCAAGCCUAAGGGGGAGUUGAUUGAGUUGAUGGAUGUCAAUACUAAAGAUGGUUUUGCCAAGGUGGCAUUUGUUGUUGGCAUGGGUGGCUUAGGAAAGACUACUCUUGCAAGGAAGAUAUUUGAAAGUAAGGAAGAUAUUGUGAAUAAUUUUUCUUAUCGUGCUUGGAUCACAGUUUCGCAGACAUUUUCCAAGAUAGAGAUGCUCAAGGAUAUGAUCAUGCAACUUUUCGGAAAUGAAGAACUGAAGAAGCGUUUGAAGCAACUUGAGGGAAAGACGGUGCAAGUAGAUGAUCUCGCCACCUACCUCAGAAAAAAGCUAGAGGAUAAGAGGUAUUUUAUUGUUCUUGAUGAUGUAUGGUCGAUAGAUGCAUGGAGGUGGAUUAAAGGUAUUGCUUUUCCUAUUAGUAACAUCAAAGGCAGUCGGAUAAUGAUAACAACACGAAAUAUUGGCCUACAUCAAGGGUGUACUUCUCAAUCGCUUGUUUACCACCUUAUGCCCCUACAAAUAGAUGAUGCCACAAAACUGCUACUCCGAAAGACUGGAAAAAUAUACAAAGACAUACAAAAUGAUGAGAUGAGGAUCAUGGUUAACAAGAUAGUAAAUAAGUGUGGUUGUUUACCGCUAGCUAUACUCACCAUAGGAGGCAUGCUUGCCCCCAAAGGAGUAGAAAUGUGGGAAAGUAUUUAUGAGCAGAUCCCCUCAGAACUUGAGACUAACCCAACCCUUGAAGCAAUGAGGAUGAUGGUUACUUUGAGUUACAAUCACUUACCAUCGCAUCUGAAAUCAUGCUUUCUUUACUUAAGCAUCUUUCCUGAGGAUUUUGUCAUCAAGAGAAGACAUUUGGUUGAUAGAUGGGUAGCGGAGGGUUUUGUGAGAGCCAGGGUUGGGACAACCAUUGAAGCUGUUGGAGCGAGUUAUUUUAAUGAGCUAGUAAACCGAAGUAUGAUUCAACCAUCAAGGGUGAAUUUAGAAGGAAUUAUUAAGAGUUGUCGGGUCCAUGAUAUCAUGCGUGAUGUCAUGGUCUCGAUAUCUAGAGAUGAAAACUUUGUUCACUUGGUGGAAGAUACUGAAUCCGGUGUAGUAGAGGGGAACUACCGUCAUGUAGCAUACCAUGGUAGCAAGUGUCAAAAUAUUGGCAUGGGUUGGACCCAUGCUCGGUCAUUAACAAUGUUUGGUGAGAGACCCAUGGAGCCCUCACCUUCAGUUUGUUCAACCAACAUGAGGAUGCUUAGAGUCUUGGAUCUAAAGAAUAUACAGUUUAGAAUAUCACAAAAAGAUAUCAACAACAUUGGGCUUUUGUGCCAUUUGAAAUAUGUGAGUUUUCAAAAAUAUUCACGUAUAUAUGCAGUUCCGAAGUGUGUACGGAAAUUGCGAGGAUUGCAGAACUUGGAUAUUAGAAAAAGCUAUAUUACAUCACUACCAACUGAGAUCGGUGAACUACAUGGUCUCCGUAGCCUUCGUUGUAGCAGAAGAGAUUACUUCCCCCGCUUGAAUAAAGAUUACCCCAUGAAAUGUUUGAUGCACACAUUACGCCUGCCCAUGCUAUGCACACCUUUAGUAAAUGUUGAUGGUCGUGCUGAUGUAACUGCUGAGCUACAUAUGGCAUGCGCUGGCUGUUUUUCCCGGACAAAUGGUGUGAGGGUUCCAGCAGGCAUCGGCAACUUAAAGGAGCUACAGAUACUAGAGGUGGUGGACAUCAAACAAACUGACAAUAAAGCAGUUAAAGAGUUAGGGAAGCUUACUCAGCUAAGGAAACUGAGCGUGGUAACAGGAAGGUUUGCCAAGCAGAAACAGAAGAUGCUACAUCUCUGUUCCGCCAUAGAGAAGCUCCCUUCCCUGCACUCUCUUAGUGUGGAAGCUCGCUACGGUGGAACACUGGAGUGGUUGCAUAAUGUUUCUUCCCCUCCUCCCCUGCUAAAGAACUUGAUGUUGUGUGGAUGUCUUGGAGAAAACAUGUCAGAAUGGUUUGGAAGUUUGAAUCAUUUGGUGAAGAUUUACUUAGAUGGGAGCUGCCUAAAGGAAGAUAAAAUCACGGAAAUGCUAGGUGAGCUGCCCAAGCUCAUGCUGCUCAGUCUGGAGUCGGAAGCUCAUGCUGGGGAGAAGUUACUGUUCAGAGAAGAAUCAUUUCAAAAUCUCAGGAAACUUUGCAUUGCUUAUCCUGGUGAACUGAUGGAGGUGAGAUUCAAAAAGGGCGCCUCGCCCCGUAUGGAAAUGCUAGAACUCAGUUAUGGCGAUUUGGAAUCAGGGAUUAUUGGUAUAAAUCACCUUCCAAUGCUCAAGCAAGUUUCACUUGGUAAAAAAGGCAGGGUGGCUAACCUUGGUAUGCUGCAAGCUGAAGUGGACGCGCACCCCAACAAUCCCAUGCUGCAACUCAAACAAGACUGCAGCCAGCAUGACUUGGGGGACGUCUUCCAAGGAUUCGAUGUUGUAGAAACAGAGGAGUGCUCAUCGCAGGCGACGAACCUCAGCCAAGACCAUGACAUAGGAGACGACGAUUUCCUCUCUUGUAUUUCCGAUGAAAAAGAUACUAGCUGAUCAAUGCUGGUAGUUUAGCUGAUCGACGCUGCUAGUUUCUGGCUCUCUGAUCUCGGCGUCUUCCUGAUAGAUCGCCACCUUCAUGGGACAUUCUCGACAUUGGACAAGCUGGAGCAGCUCAUGAUGCAGCAUGACUUAUAUAUGGUGCACUGUCUGAUUGCUGAAAAAACUAUGAAGGUUGCUAGCUAGCAAGGAGACAAUCGGAAGAAGGUAACUCCUGAUGCUUCUGCAGCUCAAGUGAAUAAAUAUUCCGAAUUCCGGGUACCCCCGAAUUCCGGACCAUCCGGUAGUUGCCAAGGAGCAAGGGCAAUAAAUCUUCUGACGUAUGAAGUUGGAAGCUACAUGAUCGAUCCUUUCCAAGCUAGCCUGAAUUUCGCGGUGCCUCGAUAUCUCUGGGCAUCUGGUUGGCUGAGACCAUACUCAUAACUGAUGGUGUUGUGAGCUUGUGAACACAUAAAUUCAGCUGCGGGGAGAAGUGGAAGAUCCAAUGGGCUUAUCACAAGGAUGCUAUUCAAGUGUGUGGUAGCUACUGGUGGUCUCUGAAGAUAUGGUCCCUGAUCAGAUCAAAUGGCAACUGCUGGCCCUGAUCACUCAACUAGAUGGCAAUAGUUUGUUAUUGGGAUUUUUUUAAAAAAAAGGCAAUAUAUUAAUAUGAAGUAGAUACCAAUUACACCCAUCCUCUACAUCAACAAGAUGUUUAAAAACAUCCAGGAUGCACACACCCAAGAAUAAAAAAAAGAGAAAAAAAGACCAUGCCAUGGUGAUCAAUGACCCGCAGUAGUAACAUUGUAACCACCACGAAGACAUGAUCCAUACUACAAAGAAGGUUCUCCAAAAGCAGCACCUCCAGGAAGGAAACAAUGAGUGAGCGUUGUCGUUGUCCGAUCGAAGAUCGUAGGAUUUCACCUUGGAGAAAGACCGUGUUACCAAAAACAAUGCCUUCAACAGGAUCACUGCCAGGCACAACAAUGAAGGCCGGACCUUGGGUUUUCAUCCUGAAAAUCAUGACCCGGUACUCAAAGGACCACCACCAACAAAUAAGUCCUCCUUUACUGUUGCCCCCACUUAGGGAGGCUACUAUUACAAGUCACAUAGCACCAAUCUCAUAGAAACUCGUGCCUAAUCUGGACGGGAACAUAGGGAUCUGAGACUUGGUCUUUUCAUAAUAUUUUGUACUAGUCAAGUGAUCAAACAUUUGGUCACUUAGGAAUUUGGCCAUAAUAUUUUGUAUAGGUCGUGGCCUAGAUGUUGUAGCGACCAGACCUGAAACGGCCAAGUCUCUGGUGUUUCCGUACCAUCCCAAGAUCAUGCUG